UAUUUCCUUUUUAAAAUCAUUUUCGUUUGCUUUUCAAACCGUUCCUGUAAUGGCAACAAUGCCGAAGAAACGGCUUGCCAAAGAAUUAGCCCAGUAUAUGAGACAAAAUUCUUCUUUGGAAGACUAUAAGUUACAGCAGAAGUGGCAGGCGAAGCGUACAAGUUUUUCCGACCCAAAUACAGAUGAUUCGACAGCUGUGGAUCAAGAAGCUAAAUCAGUGCAUGUUGAUGACCAGAUGAAGAACCCCCGUAAAGACGUAUCCGUUUCCAUGAUACCUGUUGUCCAAAGAGCUUACAUGAAAGCCCGCUGGAGCAAGAAGUGCCUGAACGAUCUACAGCCAUUCAUUCGUGGAUGCAUAGGCCUGUGUUGGAUGAUGGUAGUGCAAAGCCCUCCUAUGUGUUUCAAACUUCCAGACAAAAACGAGCGUUUUGACACAAAUUGCUACAAGCAGUAUACAAAGACAGGCCAUCUGGUGGACUUUGUUGUUUGGCCAGCCCUACUCUUGCACGAAGGCGGAUCCCUAGUAGGAAAAGGUGUUGCUCAGGCGAAGAAAAAAUGA